GAUCAAGUAGAAUGUUUCAAUCCACGCCAGUCUUAAGUCCGUAAAGUCCGUUUCUGAUAUUUCACCUCGCUCGCUUCCACUCCUUUGUUUUACGAUAUAUAUAUCCAUCUAUAGCUACAACUUCGCAUGAUUCCGAAAGGUGCACACCAAGCAACUUAGCAAACAUUCAGAAAACGCAUCAUAAAAAGUCAAUAUGGUCAAAACAAUUCCCUUCGGCGACAUUGAGAUCGCUUCUCCGGGCUUCGGUGCUAUGGGGUUAAAUUUUGGGCUUGGACAAAAUCUUAGCUUAGAGCAAGCUGAGCCAGUCCUUCUUAAGGCCGUCGAAUUGGGGUGCACAUUUUGGGAUACUGCUGUUGUUUACGCAGCGGGGAUCAACGAGAAACUGCUCGGAGACUUCAUUAGAAAGCACAACGUCCGUGAUAAAAUCUUCAUUGCAUCAAAAUGCGGCUUUGAUUGCAUGGGGAAUAAUGGUGGUGGAACCGGCGGAGUUACUAAUUCUGCUUCCCAUAUUAAGGAGUAUAUCGAGGGCACCAUUGAGAGACUCGGCUUCACGCCAGACCUCUACUAUCUGCAUCGUAUUGAUCCUAAAACUCCUUUAGAAGAGUCUAUUCCAGCUCUUGAUGAAAUUCGUAAAGCGGGAAAGACCAAGUUUAUCGGCCUUUCUGAAUGUUCCACUGCCACUUUGCGCAAAGCAAAUUCAAUUGCAAAGAUUGAUGCCAUACAGGCUGAGUACUCUGCUUUUGAGACUAUUCAUGAAACAGAUGGAUUGAUAGAAGCUGCAAAAGAGUUGAAGAUUGCCUACGUUGCCUACAGCCCAUUAGGUCACGGAUGGCUCGUGGACGACUUUCCCUUCAAAACUCCCGAUGAUUUCGCUGCUAGCGAUUUCCGCCGAUCGAGCCCUAAAUUCCAAGGAGAAAACUUCUAUAAGAACAGGGCUAUUGUGGAGGAAAUCAAGAAACUCGCAACUCGAAGGGGGUGUACAAUCACCCAAAUAGCUCUCGCGUGGGUUGCUGCUCAGGGUAUGAUUGCUAUUCCAGGUACAACUAAGCCAGAGCGACUUGAGGCCAACUUCGCGUCGCGAAACAUUGAUUUGACGAAGGAAGAGUUGCAAGAAAUGCGCAAGAUUGUGGAUGAAGCCAAGCCACAUGGUAACAGAUAUUCUGCCGCCGCGCAGUCUAUGGUGGGACAUUAGAAGCAUAUCGCUAUAUAGACAAGAUUAUAGAAAAGGAAUAUUUAAUUGCGAUUCCAGAUGUAAAUACCCUACGGUGUGGAUAUUGAAUUCCUUCAAUCAAUUGAAAGGCUUGUCAUUUUCAUGAUCCGUACUGUCUUUUUACUCAUCUAUGAACCUUCGAGUUGCUUCCAUACUAAGAUGUGGCUACAAAACAACUGUUGAAAAAUUAACUGAAAACUGAUGAGAGAGUUCCUAAUUGAUGGAUAAGUACUUAUUUGUUUGUUUCA